CGACCUUUGAAGCCGCCGAUGUUCCUGCGCUAUUUCGGAUAUUAUAUGGAUUUGACGUAACUGGCCGUCAACCUUUCUGAUCUCAGGCACCUUGAAUGAGGCAAAUGUGCUGCCGGUACCUAUUAUCGCUUUCCUACAUAUAUCUCAACCGCCAACGUUCGGCCUACAUCCCAUUGGUAGUGUCUUCAUAACAAUCAGGAGUAUGCCAUCCGUCUCUAUCUGUCCACGCCGCCAUCAUUUCCAGAAGACCAGACCCAUUGACGUAGAUGCAGAUAUCUUUCCCACCGACUCCAUCAUCCGACUCCUUCGCGCUGGACAAUCCUCCUUUGCCCUCGACAGCAUUGCUCUGUCCAUGAUCCACCAGGACGUUCGCAGAUCGGAGAAUUGUGUCUCAACUUUCGAUCUCCAAUUUGGGCGUCUCCAAAAGGAGAGGAGCAGUAUUUAUCGUAACCUUCAAGCAUACCAGUCACUUUUUGUUCCAAUACAUCGUCUGCCACUGGAUGUCCUUCUGCACAUCUUCCAUUUCCUCCCCGUUGACACUAUCAACCCGAAUUCUACCCCAUGGAUUCUCGGUAGCAUCUGCUCCUCCUGGAGGUCUAUAUAUCUCUCCUUCCCAACUUUGUGGUCUAGGGUGGCCAUCGAUACCAGCAACGGUAAAAGAUUGUGUUCGCAGUCUGUGUCUAUGGUCCGCACAUCCCUCAAACGCUCCCAACGAUCUCCCCUCACAAUCCUAGUAUCUUGCGACAAUCAAGUUUCUUCGAUCUCUCCGAGCCUCCUUUCCAUACUGGAUCUCCUAUUCGCGCACUCAUCUCGUUGGUCCCUGGUAGAAGUACAUAUACCACGCCUUUCGUAUCAGAUCUUCGAUCGUUUAGGUCCCCUUCCGAUGUUACGGAAAAUCAGGGUCACCUUGGAUCGCGGACCUGUGCCUGUGGGAACAAGAGAUCUUCUCGGACGUUCCCCACAACUCCACGAUGUAUCGUUGAGAGGGAUUCCGUUGUCGUCUCUGAAUUUGCCUCUAAGUAGGCUAGCCUUGCUGGAAGGCACCAUACAGACUACAGAAGAUCUUUUCGCCAUUCUUGCCGGAGCCAAAGUUUUAGAAGCGCUUACCAUCUCGCAUGCGUCUUCCCUCAGAAUCCUUUCCAGCAGCCAUAGAUCUAAGACGCUUACCUUUCCGAGUAUCCGCCGUCUGCACUUUCGAUGUGGACCAGUCCAGGAAAUCGCAGAUAGACUGCUUCUUCCGAAUCUCGAACAUCUCACAAUCGGAUGUCAUUCCAACGCGCAGCCCUUCUCUUCUUCAGACAUGCAGAGCGUCAAAACCUUGGUUCAACGGUCCCGGUGCUUGCUCCGUUCCCUAUCGUUGAAUUUCACUGUCUGCCUUCACUCCAUUGGAGCGAUAUGUUCCAACCUGACGCGACUGAGCGUCGUGGUGGAGAGUUGGGCCGCGUGCGAAACAUUCAUCGCACUUCGAGUGAGAAAGGACGAUGACAAUCUUGUCUCCAAGCUAGUCGAGUUGCGAUUCACUGACGUAACAUCGAAAUGCGGAGGACAGUCUUUCACUCACGAACCAUUUAUGCCUAUGAUAGAGUCACGGUGGAACGUACCACAGAGCGCGCGAGUUGCGCAGUUGCGGCGUGUUGAGAUACAUGCAAAGUAUGGAUGGGGAGACCUGUACUACUCUGAUAUGGUUCAUCGGACGUUGCGGAGGUACGUAGACGAAGGGCUCGAUGUUAUGAUUUUUGACGAAGCUUCUACCGCACAGUCAUGUAUUUUAUAGUUACGUAUUCAUAUGAUUGAAUGAUACCUGUAUAUGACUCGAUUCUGCGGGGACGUUUCCCGUUUGUGACUGUACUUAGGUGUCUGGUAAACGAUGGAUUAUCUCCUAAGGUAUUCUGGAUAUGUACCCUCUGAGCGAGCAAAACCACCAUGGGCCUUUGUCAAAAGACAAGCUAGAAACGGAUAGACCUUCUAUUGUCCUCCUUUGUUCGUUGGCUCUCAUAGACUAUAAAAAUGAACCGAUGGAGUGGCACUUCAGCUUCAUCCUUCCUUUCACAUCAACUAAGUAUCCAGGCUUCUUCGGCAUUGCAACUGAAGCUGCGAC